UUACUAUUUAAUAUAGUGCAAUAGUGACCACCACAAGAUAACAAUUAUGAAAGCUGUGGUUAUAUUCCUGGUUUAUAUUGGAUGUAUCUAUGCCCAGUUCAGAACAUUUACACAAGGUCCCCAUAUUCGAAUUUUGAGCCAAACGCAAGAAGGGCCCAAUCCAGAUGGAUCCUAUAGAUGGAGUUAUGAUACGGAAAAUGGCAUUUCAGCAGAAGAGGAAGGGCAUGUAAAAAAUAUAGGAAAUCCACAAGCUGAAGCCAUGGAAGCUCGUGGAGGUUUUAGAUAUACAGCACCAGAUAACACCCCAAUUUCUCUGCAGUAUAUUGCUGAUGAGAAUGGUUUUCGAGCAUCUGGUGCACAUUUGCCUACACCGCCGCCAAUUCCUCCAGCAAUACAAAGAGCUCUUGAUUUUAUAGCAACCCACCCUCAAUCAAGAUUUCCUUAAUUCAUAUUAUAACUAACUUCUAUACUACAAGCUUUAUGUACUUUAAAGUAAACCUAAGUAACUUAAAUAUGGCAAAUACUACAAAUACCAUAACUAUAUUUUACUUCGAUACUUGCUACCAUAGAAAUACUUUUUAUAUGGUAUAUAAAAACCAAAGCGAAGUAAUUUACUUUCAAGUACAUAAUAUAUCUAAUUACCUUAGAAUUAUGAAAUCUUAAUUUAAGAUUAAGUGUUAUCUAUUUAUUGAAUAUAUUAUACACUGCAUUAUAAAAA